AUGACCGCAGUAUGCAGGUGUGGGAAAACCUGCAAAAACAGCCAUGGCCUAAAGAUCCACCAAGCCAGGAUGAAGUGUUUGGAAAACGAACAUGUGUCACAGCGCACAGAUGCUACGUCUGAUGAGACGCAGGAGGAGCCGAGCCAGGAAGCACCCCAUAGUGCUCAGAGCCUCCGUGUGCCACUAACCGUCCCCCAAAGUCUUCUGCCCAAGGCAAAGGUGCGAAUCAAGUGGCCACAGGCCUGUAAGACAGCAGUCUGGAGGCAGUUCGACGAAUACAUUGACAAGGUGCUUGAAGCAACAGAGAAGGGAGAUGUGGAUCGAAGGCUGCAGGCAAUGACGACCAUCAUCUCCAGCCUAGCUCAGGAGAGGUUCGGUGUCGAGGAGAAGCGAUCGACUCCAACCACCUACUCCAUGAACCACAGGGCAGCGAAAAUCCACAAAAUCCGGCAGGAGUUGAAGUCCCUUAAGAAGCAGCACAAGGAAGCCAGUGAGGAGCAACGCCCCCCCCUGGAGGAGUUGAGAGCUGUCUUGAGGAAAAGGCUGAUGACCUUGCGCAGGGCAGAAUGGCACCGAAGGCGCCGAAAGGAGAGAUCCAGGAAGAGAGCUUCGUUUAUUGCCAACCCCUUUGGCUUUACUAAACAGCUCCUGGGACAGAAGUGUGAUGGAAAGUUGCUAUGUUCAAAAGAGGAAAUUGACCAGCAUCUGCGCAGCACUUAUAGCGACCCUCACUGGGAGGAAGAGUUGGGUCAGUGUAGCAUUCUUGUAAAUCCAUCCCCCCCCACCAUGGAGUUUGACAGCAGGGAACCACUGUUAAAAGAAGUCCAGGAGGUUGUGCGCAAGGCACGAUCUAGCUCUGCCCCUGGACCAAGUGGGAUCCCUUACAAGGUCUACAAGAACUGCCCCUUGCUACUCAGGCGACUCUGGAAAAUCAUUCGAGUCAUUUGGAGAAGAGGAAAGGUGGCACAGCAGUGGAGAUUUGCUGAGGGAGUCUGGAUCCCCAAGGAAAAAGAUUCCAAGAAGAUCAAUCAAUUUAGAAUAAUCUCAUUGCUGAACGUGGAAGGAAAGAUCUUCUUCAGUAUAGUAACAAGGCGUCUGACCAACUUCCUCUUAGCUAACAACUACAUAGACACAUCUGUGCAAAAGGGAGGAAUUGCUGGUGUCCCAGGCUGCUUAGAACACACUGGAGUGGUAACUCAGCUCAUCCGGGAAGCUCGGGAUCAUAAGGGAGACCUUACGGUACUGUGGUUAGACCUAGCCAAUGCAUAUGGCUCUAUCCCCCACAAGCUGGUCCAGACCACCUUGACCAAGCACCAUGUGCCACAUCACAUUGCAGAUCUGAUCUUGGACUAUUACAACCAUUUCAGGAUGCGAGUCUCUGCAGGAGGUGUGACAUCAGAUUGGCACAAACUGGAGGUGGGAAUAACCACAGGCUGCACCAUCUCAGUGAUUCUAUUUGCGGUGGCGAUGAAUAUGAUUGUCAAAUCGGCUGAGCCUGAGUGUCGAGGGCCCCAAAGUAGAGGAGGGGUCCGCCAACCGCCAAUUAGAGCAUUUAUGGAUGACUUGACAGUCACCACAGAGUCAGUGCCAGGAGGAAGGUGGAUACUCCAAGGACUGGAAAAGCUCAUCCGGUGGGCACGGAUGGAGUUCAAACCAACCAAGUCCCGUUCGCUAGUGCUGAAGAAAGGCAAGGUCACGGAGAAGUUCCAUUUCAGCAUCAAAGGGGCAAAGAUUCCAUCACUGUCAGAACAGCCAGUGAAAAGCUUGGGCAAGGUUUUUGACAGCAGCCUCAGAGACUCCGCAUCAGUCCAGUCAACCUGCCAGGAGCUGGGCAGCUGGUUAAGAGCAAUAGACCGUUCUGGCCUCCCCGGCAAGUUUAAAGCAUGGAUUUACCAACAUGGUGUCCUGCCAAGAAUACUCUGGCCGCUACUUGUGUAUGAGGUUCCCAUUUCUACGGUGGAGACCUUGGAAAGAAAGGUCAGCAGCUGUCUCAGGAGAUGGUUAGGGUUGCCCAGGAGCCUCAGCAACAUUGCCCUCUUUGGAAAUACCACAAUGCUCCGGUUGCCUCUGAAAUCCCUGGAAGAGGAGUUUAAAGUGACUCGGGCACGCGAGGUGGUGAUGUAUACAGACUCCAACGACCCAAAGGUGGCCCAGGCAGGAGUGCUGGUGAGGACAGGGAGAAAGUGGAGCGCCCAAGCCGCUGUGCUGGAUGCACAGGCACGUCUGAGGCACAAAGAGCUUGUGGGAGUGGUGGCCCGAGGCAGAGCAGGCUUGGGGAUGUUCCCAACACCUCCUCGACUUAAAGAAUUGAAGGGGAAGGAGAAACGCAGUCGAAUACAGGAAGAGGUCAGAGCUGCUGUGGAGGAAGGAAGGAUGAGUAGAGCAGCUGGAAUGGGGCAACAGGGGGCCUGGACAAGGUGGGAGCAGGCCAUGGACCGCAAGGUCACCUGGACGGAGCUCUGGCAAAGCGAGCCACACCGCAUAACCUUCCUGAUUCGGGCAGUGUACGACGUCCUGCCUAGUCCAGCAAACCUCUGUACGUGGGGAAAAGCAGACACACCAACUUGCCAAUUGUGCCCAGCUCGGGGAACACUGGAGCACAUUCUGAGUUCCUGCCCAACAGCGCUCGGCCAGGGUCGGUACACUUGGCGUCACAACCAGGUGCUGAAAUCUAUUGCAGACACCAUCAGCAAAGAGAUCAGCAAAGGCGGCCGAGGGAGCAACACCAAUUGCUCAAUCGCAUUUGUUAGGGCAGGAGAACAGCCACAAGCAGGGAGGAAGGCACCAGCAGGGAUCCUGGCAUCAGCCAAGGACUGGAAACUCUCUGUGGAUUUGGAGAAGCAGCUGAAAUUCCCCCAGCACAUUGUGAGCACAACUAUGAGGCCAGAUAUCAUCCUAGUCUCAGAGAGCACCAGUAGCAUAAUCAUCAUGGAACUGACUGUGCCAUGGGAGGACCGCUUGGGAGAAGCCCAUGAAAGAAAGAUGACCAAAUAUGAACAUCUGGUCACAGACUGUCGAGCACAGGGCUGGAAGGCGAGAUGCAUGCCUAUCGAGGUUGGCUGCAGAGGAUUUGUGGGGCGCUCCCUUUACAAAGCCUUUACUGCGCUGGGCAUUACAGGAACAACAAGGAGCAGGGCCAUUAAGAACAUCACCGACGCAGCCGAGAAAGCCUCGAGAUGGCUCUGGAUCCACAGAGGAACACCAUGGGGGCAAGCGAGUGCUACCUGA